AUGCUCUCACUUUUCUUCCGACAGACAAAUAUCGUCUGGCUUUUCUUCACAAGCUGCAUUAGCUUCAUGUACUCAAACUCACCCACUGGGCAAGCAAUAAGAGGCGUCGAUCGAGAAAUUCUAGCAAUAGAAAUCAAGCCCUGGAGAAAAUACUUUUGGGAAGAAGUUGCCAGUGUCGGAAUCCAUCUUCUUUACAGGCUUUUUCUUGAUAUUGCUUCUUUGAAGUACAUCUUCUCCUACACGUUUCCUCUCUUUUCCUGCGCCGGAGCCUUCCUUAUCUUCCUGAAAGUCAAUGGAUCAAUAGUUCUUGGCGAUAAAGAUGCUCACACUGCCGUUUUCAACCCUGCUCAGCUGCUCUACUUUUCGCUUUUUACAUGUAUCUUCGCGUUGCCCUGCUUCCUCGCGAAUUUGGUUGAUGUUCUCAAGUUCUUUUACAGAAAUAUUUUGAAGCUCUUAGUUCUCUCAGUCUUGUCAUAUCUUAUCAUUGCCAAUUUCGACGUCGUCCACCCGUACAACCUUGCCGACAAUCGUCAUUUUUGCUUCUACGCGUGGCGUUAUCUUCACAAAUAUCGAACCUUCUUAGCCCCAGUUUACGGAGCCUCGAUUCUUGGUGUCACUUAUUUGCUUCCUCGAAGCUUUCUCUGGAAUUUCGCAUUCUGGCUCUGCACUGCUGCUUCUGUUGUGCCUCAGAAACUCUUCGAAUUUCGAUACUUCAUGGUUCCAUUCACGAUUGUUCUACUUUUCUCGCAGAAACUUUCGUACAAGCUUCAAAUCCUCUGGAAUUUAUUACUGCUAGCUACUUGGGUUUACUUUUUCAGACGAAAGAAGUGA